AAGCCUUCGCCGUAGUAGACACCCGGGUGGUACUGGUACAUUGCUGUGAGGAGGGGAGAUGGAUGCGCCGCCGCUGUCUACCGGCUGUGUGAGUGAGAUGGAGGCCGGUAGAGAUGAAGAGGGAGAGGCUCGGGAGGAGAGCGCGGAGUGCCAGAGACUCACUGCAGAGAGAGAUGAGGCUGAAAGGCAACUCAAGCACAUUAAACGAGUUUCUCAAAUGGUGAUCGAGGAGGUGAACGUACUACAGACCCAGCUUGAGAUUGAGAAAUCUUGCCGGGAAAAUGCAGAGGCUCUGGCCACCAAGUUGAACUGUGAGAACAGGAAGCUGAAGUAUUUGAGCCUGUCAUCACGGCCAUGUCUGGAUGAGCUGCUGCCCAGUAUUUCUGACUGCAUUUCCCUAGAAGAAGAGACUGAACAUCAAGAUCCCAGCUCUGACUCCUUUUCUCAGUAUAAGCAGCAGGUCAAAGAUCUCCAAGAAACUGUGAGUUCUUUGCUGGAGGAGAAGAAGCAGUUGGCUUGUCAGCUUCAAGAGCAGCAGAGGCGGAUAGAGGAGCUGACAGCACUUACUGAAAAGGAGCAGGCUGAGAUGAAGGAAUUUUAUAAAACCAUUGAGCAGCAAAGCAAGACCAUUAAGAGGUUCAACAGACUGUCCAUGAUGGCCACUCAUGAGUAUGAAAACAUGAAGGAGCAGCUGGAUUUGGAGCAGAGCCUCAGGCAGAAAGCAGAGACCUAUGCACAUGAGAUGAUGGUGAAGCAAAAAGAAGCAAACAGACAGAGCAUGAUUCUGCUGCAACAGGCAGAUCCCAGCAUUCAACUGCUUAAAGCUUUAGAAGAUGUGGCCAAUGUGACUAAAACAUUAGAAGAAGAGAGAAUACAGCACCAAGACAAGGUAAAGGCUCUAGAGGCUGAACUGGAAGAAUGUGCUUUGCGUAAGCAGCUAGUUCAACUGCAAAGGCAGCUAGAGAUAUUAGAUGAAGAAAAGAAAGAGACGGAGGGACGGCUGCAGGAGGAAGAGAAGAAAAACACUAUUUUGGAAAAGAAAGUUAAAGAGCUGCAGGAGGCAAGGAGGAGCUGUGAUUCAGCAUCAGGCCCCUCCCCUGGGACUGCUCCUCCCCCGGCCCCUCCUCCUCAACCACCUCCACCUCCCCCACCCCCUCCUCCUCCACCUCCCCCACCUCCUCCCUCCCGCUGCAACCCCCUCAGCUCUCUCAUUGCAAUUAUGAGGAAAUCUUCCAAGGGAGGGAAAGGAACCCCAAAACUAGAGCAAGCCCCAGCAACUGAAGCUGUGGAUGAUGUCAAAGUGAAAGCCGUCAAUGAAAUGAUGGAGAGAAUUAAACACGGAGUGGUUCUCAGGCCUGUGAAGAGUCAGGACACUAAGAGAUUUGGCACAAAGCAGCCGAUCCCAGCAGCAGCGGCAGCAGCAGCAGCAGCAGCAGUUGAGGAAAAGCACCAGGAAAGUGCAAUGGAAGAGCUGAAAGGCAUUCUGGAGACAGUGAAGAAGAGUCCCAGUCGUGGGUUUCAGGAAGUAGUUCAUGCUAAAAAGGACAGUGAACUGGAAGUAAUUCUGAGGAGGAGACGCAAACAGGCCUGUGAUCCUGACACAGAAGAUGAUGGGCAGCUGAGUAAAGUCUCCUCAUCAAACAGCCUGAAUGGGCGACACAGUUCUGAUUCUGGCAAAGACACAGAAGGGCCGGGCAGCAGCUCUCUGUCAGGCAGUGAGCGCGGAUCAAGAACCAGCUCAGACUCGGGCCGAGAGCCAGCCAUGGCUCAACAGAGCUCAGAUUCUGGCAUGGAGUUCAAAGGAGGCGCUCAGACAGACAGUGUCUGCAGAUCUCUCUCUGAGAAAGAGCCCACUGAAACGGUCACCAACGGGUGCUGUUCAGGUGAAGUGAAGGAUGGAGAUCCAGAGAAGUGGACGGGGCCCAACGGGAUUGGCCAUACGGAUGCAAGUGAUGACCUGCAAACCAUCAGCUCCUCUGCACAAAGCCCCAAUGCAGCAAACGGUAGCACAGAUGCCGAAUGUUAACGGCAAGUGGCGCUGCAAGGACAGCUGCAUUAUUUGCACAAAACCAUGCUUUCUAAAUUAGUUUAUUCCAAAUUUAAAAUCAGCUGUUCAUAUUUUAAAUUACUGUAGAAAGGUCAUUUCAUCAUUUGCAGCUUGAUUACAAUUACAGAUUAAAAAAAAGAAAAAACAUCUUACCAGACACAUUUUUUGUUCCUUUCACUGAAAAUGUACUGUAUUUGCCUUUACCAAUAAACACAGGGUGUUUAGAUGUUAGGAACAUCUGUCAUACACUUCAGAUUCAUUCUGCACAAUAGUUGCUAUUAGAUUCAUCUUAAAUUCAUGGAUUCAACAUCUGAGUCACAUUUCCAUGCAAGCAAGGAAACUUUAAUGAUGAAGUGGGUAAUUUCUGUGCCACUAGCACAAGAAUUUAAGUCUGUUUGAGAGACCUGAACAAGGAAGUCUGUAAUACCUGAAGGAUCAGUUAGCAUUCCUAUUCAUCUCAGUUCAUCAGAGACAGUGCAGGACCCCAUGGAUAUACGUGAUUUAUGAUCUGCCAUCGUUGCAGCCAGUGUCCUCAUUCAUCCCUAAUGUUGUUCCAAAACUGUAUGGCUUUCUUUCCUCUGCGAAACACAAAAAGAUAUUUUGAGAAAUGUCUCAGGCUGCAUCUGAAAUCACAUACUUCCCUACUAUAUACACUGUAAAUGUGACGGACGUAGGCCGGUAAGAGCUGUGCGUGUAAACCUUACUCCCCUCGCCCGACUCCUAUGCGGACGGACCCAGGUUCGAGUCCCGCUUAGAGUAGGCAGUUUCGAACAGGAGGGGUUACAUUGGUGCCAUGACUUGGAUGGGAGUGAGAUUUAAGGGGGUGAGUGUGACGGACGUAGGUCGGUAAGAGCUGUGCAUGUAAACUUUACUCCCCUGAUCUCAAGAGGUGCUCUAGAGACUGCAGUCUUUAGCCUCCUUGUUAGAGCGCCCGCCUCCCAUGCCGGCGGACCUGGGUUCGAGUCCCUCUUAGAGCGGGUGGUUCGAACAGGAGGGGUUACAUAAACACGAAUAAAUUGGGCUAACUCAGAAAAUUUGAGGUAAUCAGUUACAUCAAAUUUUUUGAGUUAUGAUGUUCCCAAUAAGUAAACAAAACUAAUAAGUUUUGAGUUUGUAGUACUCAUGCAUGUUAAUUGCUCCUAACUUGAAGUACUGAGUUAGCUAACUCAUACAUUUUGAUAGCAAUUAACAUAAAAGAUUUAGUUAAUUAACUUUUUUAUUUUGAGUUCUUGCAAAUCAAAUGAGUUAUUCACUUCACUGUAAACCCUAAUAAGUUGUCAGAACUCAAAAAAGUUGAAUGAGAAUUUAAGCUGAGAAACUCAAAGUUUAAGUAAGAUUUUAAUUCUGUACUCAUACAUUUUUAUUGUUCUUAACUUGAAAUAUUUGAAUACACUAAUUUAUACAUUUAACUUAAAAUAUCAGGUUAUCCAAAUGUAAAUAUUUUGCUAGCUAUAACAAGCCAAUUCAGAAAAUGCCAACUUGCUAGUUUGCUAACAUGUUAACAAUAGUAUGGUAUAGCACUUACUGAAGCAUAACAGAACAUUAAUCAGUACUAAAUCUCACUUUAUUAAUUAAUCUUGCACAAAAAACAUUAUAUAACACUUAAUUUUAGCAUUUACUCUCCCUUUCGAGUACCAUGGGCAAAGCCCAGUUUCAGUUAAACUUAAGUUAGUCUAAAUGAAAAGAAAUGAGUUCAUACAACUCAAAACAAUUAAACAGUUCAGUUUACUUGAAAUAUGUCAGUGCUGUGAACUCAAAAGAAAAAGACAGUACUAAAUACUCAUAACAGUUAAUUUAAGUUAGUCCUACUCAAACCAAUUAAGUAUUUUGAGUGUUAGGGUUCACAGGCGAAAAACAGUAUGUGACAAAAGAAGUAUCCCCGAAGUCCGAGUACUUGUAAAAGAGUAGGCAAAAAGUACCCGGAUGACCUACUACUUCCAGCGAGAUUCUGAAGUGUGCAUGAUGGACACUUUACUAGUGUAGUACGUCCAGAUUACAUUCAUACUAUAUAGAACAUACUUUUUUAGUGAAUAAUUACUUAUUCAAAUAAGUACCUACUCAAGAGAGUAUACCAUUUCAGACGCAGCCUCAGUGUUUUUUUUUUCUCUCCAUACAAUGAACGUCAAUGUGGUCUAGUGUUGGUUUGGACCCCAUUGACUUUCAUUGUAUGGACAAGAGCAGUUGAAACAUUCUUCUUUUGUUGUUUCACAGAACUAUACCUUGAACAAUCUCUUCAAGAAAGGUGCAUUUUGCCUGCUAACCAGUCAAACCUUGAAGCCUCUGGCCCAACUGGUAACACUGGCUUAAUCAAUGGCGUAUGUUUGGGGCGAGAUUAUUUGUUUGAACAAUGGCUAGUAGCACAGAAUUUACUUCAUAUUCAAUGCAAAGCAGCAGAACAAUCCUGACAGUAUCACUGCACUGCACAUCAUGGCACCUUUGCUGUUCUAAAAAGGUCCUAAGUGUGGACUAGACUAUCCAAAUUAAUCAAGAGAUGCAAUUAUAAGCCAUGUAAUCGAUUCUUACCUUAAAGAGGAACUGUAGUGGUCUGUUCUGUCUACCUCUUAGGACACACUCACCUCUUGGGGAUUUGAGAUCUCAUGCAUCCUAGAUAUUAGGAAAAUGAAUACCAUCAAGUCAUGGAGGGCUACACACGCAUGUCUUCCGCCGUUUCCAAAACUUUGCACUGCAUGAAUGCACUGUACAAAAGUUUGGCUUUGAUUGACAAUUGCGUCUUGAUUAGAUCCAAUGCAAUAUCAUCUGAAAAUUGUAAUAUUGUGCAGGAUCAGGCUGCCUCUAAUAACUGCGAAUAUUUGCCUUGUGACUCCUCUUGACUCUAAGCGGAUUGUGUAAAUGGUACGACGUGAUUAUUGAUAUUAAUGAGACAGUAGUUCUGGCCAUCUCAGUUGUCCUGUUCUUAUUGCCCAGCUAACAGGGAAUGUUCUCAGAACUUUGGCUAAUGUUCUGGGUAGAUUCUCUUGUAAGUUAUGAAUAAACGUUCUCCCAGUAAUGUUGAUAGAACGUUCGUCAGUUAUCUGGUGUUUCAUAACGUUCUCAAAAUGUUAUUAUUUCUCUGAAAUGUUUUAGUUGGAUAUUUUUGAAACAUUACUCCUUACAUUUCAGAAUGUUCAGAGAACACUUAGGCCCCGUUUACACUAGCGCGUUUUCGUUUAAAACUGCGUUUUAAAAUGAAAACGAUCCUCGUCUACACUGACAUUUCCACAGCAUUUCAGAAACGAUCUCCGUCUACACGACCAAAAACGCAUGUCACAUGACUGUUCAUGCACACUGCGCGUACAAGUGUAAACAGUUGCCUCUUGCGCAUGUAGGUAGCAGCAGUAUUAAAAAACUGCAGUUUAACUGCACAAUGGCUGCUAAAAAUGACAACAAACCCAGCAAAUAAUGCAGUUCAGUCUCCAUGUUAUUGUUUACACGGUCGUGAAGGAGACGCAGAGCGAAUGUGGGCAGCCAUGCCAUUGUUUUCAAAAGUCUCAGUAUUGGUCUGUCGAAAUGCAACCCUGGUGUUUUCAAACUAAAACGGGGUCUGCAGCAUUUUCGAAAGUCUCCAUUUUCGAGGUUCGAAAAGUGUAAACGACAGGCGUAACCGUAGCAAAACUCGCACUAGUGUAAACGGGGCCUCAAAAGUAACGUUUCCACAAUGUCUGCAGAACGAUAAAAUGUAACAUUCCCUUAAUGUUUUCUGUAAUAUUUGCAUAACCAAGAAGUUUUUUUUAAAACAUUUAAAAACUGGACGUUUUGAACACUUUUUGAAAUAACGUUUUCAUAACUUAAUGGGAACGUUAGCAAAACGUUCUUAGAAUAUAUUUUUGUUAGCUGGGUGGUCUGACGUCUUGAUAUCAGGCUAUCUGACAGCUGCAAUAAUAUAUGGCCAAUAAUUGCAAAUACUGAAUUACUUGUGGUUGCAAUUGUGUAUCACUUGUCAGAAAAUCUGAAUUGUUUAUUAUUAUAUAUUCUUGUUUUCACACUGUCAUCAGUAGAGUUUCUAAUAACCCACGUUGACGUGACUCAUUUACACUCUUUUUUAACGUAGGAGACUUCUUUCAAUUGCUCCUUAAUUUCUCACCACCUCUGGAAUGUGUUUUGGCCUUACUGUUUGCACCACUUUCUCCUUUUCAGCCUUAUUGGAGUGUAGGCUUGAUUUUGUAUAAGAGCUCUGAGAGGUGAUUGAUCUGACUUGUGAUCUUGAAAUGAGUGUGUUUUGAAGCUUAAACUGAGUGUAUCUGUUUUUAUUUGAACUGAUCUAAGUAUCCCUCUUCAACAUACCUUUUAAACUCAACUGAAUAAACUUAAGAAGAAAUACA